AUGUUUCACAAAACUAAUUUAUUUGCUUCAUUUUUCAUACUUCAUUUGGUCAGUAUUUGGACAUGUGCCUUUAACUUAUCUCCAAUUCCUAGCUUAAAAAUUGAGGAUCCGCGACUUACAACAAUAAUCGAGCAAACCAGAAGUUCAUAUUUUGGAUAUACAAUAGUUUUGAGGGAACAAAGUAUAUUAAUUGGAGCGCCACGUGCUCAGUCUACUAUAAUUACACAAUCCUUAAUCGAUGAAACUGGUGCUAUAUAUAAAUGUGCUAAUAGCGGCAAAGACCCUAAUUGUAGACCAUUUAUAUUUGAUAGUAAAGGAAAUGAAAUUACACCCAAUGGUUUAAGUAAAUAUAAUAAAACUCAUCAAUGGUUGGGUGCUUCAAUGGCUGGUGGACCAAAGGAAACCGAUCAAUUAAUUGUUUGUGCUCCAGGAUACGCGGGCAAAGUCGAUAUAAUGGGACUUGAGCCGUACAUGCAUGGCAUUUGUUAUUGGACUCCAGACACAUUGUCGAAUAAACCAAAGAACGUUAAAGAAUUUGCAUUUCUAAGGGACAACAAAAAUUUGCAAGUAAAACAGGUUAAUGCAACUGGUGUAUAUUUCUAUCAAUUGGGACAACAAGGGUUCAGUAUUAAUAUUACACCAAACAAUAAAGAGUUUUUAUUUGGCGCACCAGGCACUAAUGAGUGGAGAGGAUCUGUAAUACGUUAUAAUAAAAUUAAUGGGAUAGUUACAAUUUCUGAAAUAAAUAGCGACGCAAAUGCUAAUGGCGGUUAUGCUGUGGCUUCCGGCUACUUCGAUAAAGACGACCACUUAAAUAAAAAACUUUUAUAUGUUAUUACCUUACCACAUGGAGAUGUAUAUUCCAGAGAUGCACAUUCACAACUGGGUGCGGCUUUUUUAUUCGAUUACAUUGAGCCAUAUAGUAUUAACAAAACUGCAGAAUUUUCGGGCAUGCAAUAUGGAGAAUUUUUCGGUUAUACUGUUCUUGCUGUGGAUAUAACAGGUGAUGGAUUAGAUGACAUUUUGAUAUCAGCUCCUUUGCAUUCACUUAACGAUUUAACAGAUGUUGGUGGAGUUUAUGUUUUCUUAAAUAAAGGCAGGUUUAAGUUCUCUCGUACAUUUUUCACAUCCCCAUUUUCAACGGAGGGAAGGUUUGGUACAACAAUGUCCAGUAUUGGAGACAUAAAUUUAGAUGGCUAUAAUGAUGUUGCAAUAAGUGCACCAUUUGCAAAUAAAUAUGGAGCGGUUGCAAUAUAUUUAGGUGGACCAACAGGAUUAAGAAAUAAACCUAGUCAGAUAAUAAAAUUAAAUCAAGAAAUGUAUAUAAAUGGAAUGUUUGGACAUGGCUUAUCGAAUGGAGCUGAUAUAGAUGAUAAUGGUUACAAUGAUCUUGCAAUAGGUGCUCCAAAUGCCGAAGCAGUUUUUGUAUAUAAAUCAUUUCCGGUUGUUAAAAUUAUGGCUGAAAUACGUAAUGAAAGAGCAAGGAUAAAUGUUGAAGAUAAAAAUCUAAUAAUUCAAAUAUGUUACGCCUUCAAAACGAAAUCAAAAAGUCUUAACAAAGUGUUAUUGGAAAUUGAUUUGGUAGUUGAUCAAAAAUUUAGACGUGUUAAUAUUUUGGAUGGAGAUAACUACAAGUGGUCAGCGAAUAAAACUGUUUAUUUAACUAAAAGUUGUACCAGCAUUAACGCCUCUCUUUGGUUUUCAUCUAAAGAUGUUUUUGAGGCUAUACCAAUUGUCUUGACAUAUCGUUUAGUUAACGAUGGUAUAAAACAUGAUGGUUUAGAGUUCUGUGAUGAUUGCGUAGUUCUUGAUCCCUUAGAAGUAACUAUGAGAAGGCAAUUUGUUCGAUAUAUACACGGAUGUAUUAAUACUAUUUGUAAUGUUGAUUUAAACUAUAUAAUCCGCAAUGAGGGUGAGAAGGCGUUUGAUGCUACUGUGAUCGUUUCUACUAUACCAUAUUUACCUUUUGCAAAAGUUUCAUCAUUUUGUGUUGAAAAUGUGGAAAACCAAGAAAAUCUAAUAUGCUAUUUAUCCACACAACAAGCAUUUACAGGUCAAAUAACAUUAGAAUUAACAUUUGAUCUGGAAACUUUGGAUUACACCGUGAAUAAAUUAAAUAUAAAAGUGGAGGCACGUAGCACAGGACGUGAAAUAAAUCCCAAUAAUAAUUUAAUUGAGAAUAAUAUCAAACUGCAGCGAUAUGUAGAAAUUGAUAUAAAAGGAAAUUCAAACGAAACAACAAUUGAUUGUGAUAAAUUUAAGAAGGUCGCUAAAAUAUUUUACGAAAUAACGCUACAAAACAAUGGUCCUAAUACUAUAAACGAUUUCCAGUUGUGGCUUAAGAUGCCCUUUAUAUAUCAAAAUGAAGAACUACAGAAUUUAUCAUUUGCUCAAAAUUUUAGCGUUGCUAUGAUUUCAAAGGACAACAUUCGCACUAUAUUGUUAACUGAGUUUGAGGUGUCUUUGUUCAAUUUCACAGAAGGCACUGAACUUGAGCAAACGCUACAAGAAGACGAUAAUAAAACUAUUACUUUAAGUUGCAGAGACACAGUUUCAAAUAUAUGUACUGAAUCGCAAAUAGUUUUACCGCUCCUCUUACCCGAUGAUGUGUUUAAAAUCGAACUCUCCUAUGAUUUGAAUAUUACAGCUGCUAAGGAAGUAAUGAACGAUAAUUUCAAAUAUAUAAAAUUAUUAACCGAAACCGAACUUAAACCAAAAAUCCCACAGAACUGGAUACUUAACAUUAAUUCAGCAAUGGAAUCAACAGUAAUUGUUUAUAGGCCAAUAAAGAAGACACCGCUUUGGAUUUACAUUAUCUCUGCAGUUGGCGGUUUAUUACUUUUAGUUAUUUUAAGCAGAAUAUUGUCUAAGAUGGGUUUCUUUAAACGUCAAACGAAAGAAGAAAUGGAAGAACGUCUGUUAAAAAAAACUGAAGUGGCUAGAAUGAAAGCUGAAAUCGAUGAAUGUGAUUCUAAUAUUGAGAAUAGUCAAGCUACUUUAGAUUAA